CUCUUUGCUCUUCAACGGGUCUGCAUUGGUCCAUCAUUAAAUUUCUCCUGGAUUAAACCCACUUUCAUUGGCUGAGCUAGCCGACAGUCAAAGUGGUGACGAACGACUGGGGUUGACAUCACUCUUUGAGCAACCCAAGACAUUCCAACUUCGUUUGCUACACAGGGAAGAGUCUGCAUCAGUCCUCCGAAUUGCAUGUAAAAUAUAUUUCACGCUGGGGUUUGGACACAAGGCUACGAUCGUUCAUAUAAACGGAAAGCUAUCUGCCACGUCGACGAAAGCAACGGAAGAUACUUUGGUGGAAGAAUAAAACCGCAUUCUAUGAUGGGUGUGUUUGACAAUAGGAUAAUUGUUGAAUUCUAGCAGCUCGACACUGAGCAGUGACAUUGCUGCUGUAACAGUUCUCACUGCUCGCUGCUUCCCUAUGGUAUUUCAGUAUCUGCCCUGCGGAUCAAUAUAAGAAACAGACCUGUCUGAACAGUGGAAUCGCACACAAGCAAAGGAAAAAUACUGACUUCAGAGCCAUGUCGGGAGCGUCUGUGAAAGUCGCUGUCAGGGUGCGCCCUUUCAACUCAAGGGAGACCAGCAAGGAUUCAAAAUGCAUUAUUCAAAUGCAAGGGAACUCAACUAUCAUUCUAAACCCAAAAAGCCCAAAGGAACCAGCAAAGUCCUUCAGUUUUGACUAUUCCUACUGGUCCCACACCACGCCAGAGGACCCCUGCUUUGCUUCCCAAUGCCUCGUGUACAAUGACAUUGGGAAGGAGAUGCUGCAGCAUGCCUUCGAGGGCUACAACGUCUGCAUCUUUGCGUACGGCCAGACGGGGGCGGGCAAGUCCUACACCAUGAUGGGCAAGCAGGAGGAGGGGCAGGAGGGCAUCAUUCCGCUGCUCUGCGAGGAACUCUUUGAGAAAAUCAGUGACAACUGCAACGAGGAGAUUUCCUACUCGGUGGAGGUCAGCUACAUGGAGAUCUAUUGCGAGAGGGUGCGGGACUUGCUGAACCCCAAAAACAAAGGCCACUUGCGGGUCCGAGAGCACCCCCUCCUGGGGCCCUACGUGGAGGACCUGUCCAAGCUGGCUGUCACCUCCUACACUGACAUCGCUGACCUGAUGGAUGCUGGCAACAAGGCCAGGACCGUCGCCGCCACAAACAUGAAUGAGACCAGCAGCCGAUCCCAUGCGGUUUUCACCAUCGUCUUCACACAGAAGAAGCACGACAGUGAGUCUGACCUCGCCACAGAAAAGGUCAGCAAGAUCAGUCUGGUGGAUCUGGCAGGCAGCGAGCGAGCUGACUCGACAGGGGCGAAAGGGACAAGGUUAAAGGAGGGGGCGAACAUCAACAAAUCUCUGACAACUUUAGGCAAAGUCAUCUCAGCCCUGGCCGAGGUGGAUAACGGUCCCAGCAAGAGCAAGAAGAAGAAGAAGACCGACUUCAUUCCGUACAGGGACUCUGUGCUCACUUGGCUGCUCAGGGAGAAUUUAGGUGGCAACUCUAGAACUGCCAUGGUGGCAGCUCUUAGCCCAGCUGACAUCAACUACGACGAGACCCUUAGCACACUACGAUACGCGGACCGAGCUAAACAGAUUAAGUGCAAUGCCGUCAUCAAUGAAGACCCCAACAACAAGCUGGUGCGUGAGCUGAAGGAUGAGGUUACGCGUCUGAAGGAACUGCUCCGUGCCCAAGGGUUGGGAGACAUCCUGGAUGUCGAGCCAAUGGGAGAUGAUUACCCAGGAAGUGGAAGCAAAUACCUGAAAGAUAUACACAACAAUAAGCAUAGGUACAUGCUGUCCUCAGAGAACCAACGGCCUGGCCAUUUCUCCACAGCGCCUAUCGGCUCUCUGUCCGCCUCCCCGUCUUCAGGCGCGCUCAAUAGCCAGGUGGGCCUCCAGGCUGUCACAAGCAUCCAGGAGCGCAUCAUGUCCACGCCCGGCGGGGAAGAGGCCAUCGAGCGACUCAAGGAAUCUGAGAAGAUUAUAGCUGAGCUGAACGAGACCUGGGAGGAGAAACUGCGGAAGACCGAAUCAAUCCGCAUGGAGAGGGAGGCACUCCUGGCUGAGAUGGGCGUGGCAAUCCGUGAGGAUGGGGGCACCCUUGGAGUUUUUUCACCUAAAAAGACUCCUCAUCUGGUCAACUUGAAUGAAGACCCCUUGAUGUCAGAGUGUCUGCUUUAUUACAUCAAAGAUGGUAUUACAAGGGUCGGGCAGGCGGACGCUGAGAGACGGCAGGACAUCGUUCUGAGCGGAGCACACAUCAAAGAGGAGCACUGCGUUUUCCGCAGCGAGAGGAACGCGAACGGCGACGUGAUUGUCAUGUUGGUGCCUUGUGAAGGAUCAGAGACGUACGUCAAUGGCAAGCGAGUGGGUGCCUCCGUGCAGCUACGCUCAGGGAACCGCAUCAUUAUGGGUAAGAACCACGUGUUCCGGUUCAACCAUCCGGAGCAGGCGCGUGCGGAGAGGGAGAAGACCCCGUCGGCAGAGACGCCCUCGGAGCCCGUGGACUGGACCUUCGCCCAGAGGGAGCUGCUGGAGAAGCAGGGCAUCGACAUGAAGCAGGAGAUGGAGAAGAGGCUGACUGAAAUGGAGAUCUUGUACAAGAAAGAGAAGGAGGAAGCAGACCAACUUCUGGAACAGCAGAGAUUGGUGUACGAGAGCAAGCUGCAGGAGCUGCAGAAACAGGUGGAAACGCGCUCGCUGGUCGCAGAGACCCCGGAGGAAGAGGAGGAGGAAGAAGAGGAAGUGCCCUGGACGCAGCGGGAGUGCGAGCUGGCUCAGUGGGCUUUCAGGAAGUGGAAGUACCACCAGUUCACCUCUCUGAGGGACCAGCUGUGGGGGAACGCAGUGUACUUGAAGGAGGCCAACGCCAUCAGCGUGGAGCUGAAGAAGAAGGUGCAGUUCCAGUUUGUGCUCCUGACGGACACCCUGUACUCCCCGCUGCCCCCUGAGCUCUUGCCUCCUGAGCCUGAGAAGGACCGAGACCCCCGGCCCUUUCCCCGCACGGUGGUGGCCGUGGAGGUCCAGGACUUGAAGAACGGGGCCACGCACUACUGGUCUCUGGAGAAGCUGAAGCAGAGGCUGGAGAAAAUGCGGGAGAUGUACGACCGUGCCGGGGAGAUGGACUCCCCCAACCAGGAGGACAACGAAGUGAUGCUGUCGGGGAACGAUCCCUUCUACGACCGCUUCCACUGGUUCAAAUUGGUGGGAAGUUCACCAAUGUUCCAAGGCUGUGUGAACGAGCGCCCCACAGACCGCACCCCCUCGCCCACCUUCUCCACCUCCGACUCGGAAAUCACCGAGCUGGCCGACGAGCGGCCGAGCGAGGCGGACGACUUCGACGACGAGGCCUUUGUGGACGACGGCAGCUCUGACGUUGGCACGGAGGAAGAGGAGGAGGAGGAAGAAGAGGAGGGGCCAGACAUCUGUAGCGAUGGCCAGGACCCGUUCUACGACCGCUCGCCCUGGUUCAUUUUGGUGGGCAGGGCUUUUGUGUACCUGAGCAACCUGCUGUACCCGGUUCCCCUGGUGCACCGCGUGGCCAUCGUGACAGAGAAGGGCGAGGUGCAGGGCUUCCUGCGUGUGGCCGUCCAGGCCAUUGCAGCUGACGAAGAGGCCCCAGAUUUUGGGUCCGGAGUGCGGCAGUCUGGCACAGCAAAGAUUUCCUUUGAUGACGAAUACUUCAAAACGAAGGACUGCUCUAGUGCCACCUUGCCCUACUCUGGGUUCUUACAGGAGGAACUGCGCAUUGUGGAGGGGCAAGGUCAAAGUUCAGAGGUCAUCACACCCUCCGAGGAGAUGAACAUAACAAAUGACAUGGAUCUCAAGCUUGAGAAGAUGGACACCAAGCUUGGCGUGUCCGAGGGGCUGGCAGAGCAGCUGGAGGUGGGCAAGACCUUCACCUUCCGUGUGACCGUGCUCCAGGCCAGCGGCAUCCUGCCCGACUACGCCGACAUCUUCUGCCAGUUCAAUUUCCUCCACGGUCACGACGAGGCCUUCUCCACUGAGCCCUUGAAGAAUUCGGGAAAGGGAUCCCCGCUGGCGUUCUACCACGUGCAGAACAUUGCUGUUGAUGUGACCGAGUCCUUCAUUGAGUAUAUCAGGACUAAGCCCAUUGUGUUUGAGGUGUUUGGGCACUACCAGCACCCUCCCCUACACCUGUCUGGCCAGGACCUGAACAGCUUUCUUCAGCCUUCCAGGAAGCACCCUCCCCCAACUAUGCCUCUGUCUAAAACAGUGCCAGCUACGAAGCUGAACGCCAUCAGCAAGCGCGACCUGGGCCAGUGCGUCAGCAAGUACGACCUGCUGGUGUGGUUUGAGAUCAGCGAGCUGGAGCCAACCGGAGAGUAUAUUCCAGCUGUGGUGGAUCACACUGCAGGACUGCCCUGCCAUGGAACCUACCUCCUGCACCAGGGAAUCCAGCGCAGGAUCACGGUCACCCUCAUUCAUGAAAAGGGCAGCGAGCUCCACUGGAAGGAUGUGAGGGAGCUGGUGGUUGGUCGGAUUCGUAACAAGCCAGAAGUAGAUGACACAGCGACAGAUGUGGUUCUGUCUCUCAACAUCAUCUCAGCCAAAAACAUGAAGUCAUCCCAUAACGCAAAUAGGACCUUCUACCGGUUUGAGGCUGUGUGGGACAGCUCCCUCCACAAUUCUCUCCUGCUCAACCGUGUGACUCCCUAUGGGGAGAAGAUCUACAUGACCCUGUCUGCCUACCUAGAGCUGGACCACUGCAUACAGCCUGCCAUAAUCACCAAAGACGUCUCCAUGGUGUUCUACUCCAGAGACGCCAAGAUCUCCCCGCCUCGCUCACUGAGGACCCUGUUCAGCAGCGGCUACUCCAAGACGCCAGAGUGCAACAGAGUGACAGGGAUCUACGAGCUGAGCUUGUGCAAGAUGGCCGACACAGGAAGCCCAGGGAUGCAGCGUCGGAGGAGGAAGGUGCUGGAUACCUCUGUGGCGUACGUGCGGGGCGAGGAGAACCUGGCCGGCUGGAGACCUCGAGGUGACAGCCUGAUCCUGGAGCACCAGUGGGAGCUGGACAAGCUGGAGCAGCUGCAGGAGGUGGAGAAGACCCGGCACCUCCUGCUCCUGCGGGAGCGUCUGGGGGAGACGGAGCCGCGCUCCCUGAGCGGCUCCCUGUCCCCCAGCCUGAGCAGCGACUCCCUCAGCACCUCCACCAGCAUCUCCUCCCAGAUCUCCAACGCCACCUUCGAGAGCGCCCUCACGCCCAGCGAGAGCAGCGGCUACGACUCCGCCGAUGUCCAGAGCCUGGCCGACCGCGAGAAGGAGCUGGCCACCAAGUGCUUGCAGCUCCUGACUCACACCUUCAACAGUGAGUACACCCAGGUGUGUAACAGCAUCAGUGACUGCAAGUUGCUGGAUAUCUCCCCAAUGGACCGGGACCCAUCCGUCUCCAGCCUAAGCAGCGCCACGCUCACCCCAUCCUCCACGUGCCCUUCCUUGGAUGAAUCCCGCUCAGUUGAUCUGAAGACAGCAGAGACCAACUCCUGCGCCACCAGCCCCUCCUGCAUGGACUAUGACAACUUCCCUAUGGUGUCCACACUGGACACGUCCUACCUCGCCCGGGCCGGCAAAAAUGAGUUCCUCAACCUAGUACCCGACAUCGAAGAAAUGAGACCCGGGUCUGUGGUGUCAAAGAAGGGAUACCUGAGUUUCAUGGAGCCACGCUCCAACACCUGGGUGAAGCACUUUGUAGUCGUGCGCAGGCCCUACGCUCUCAUCUACAACACCGACAAGGACCCCGUGGAGAGGGGCGUGCUCAACCUGUCCACCGCCCGGGUGGAGUACGGCGAAGACCAGCAGGCCGUGCUCAAGGCCCCCAACACGUUCGCUAUGUGCACAAACCACCAGGGCAUCCUGCUGCAGGCCCUCAAUGACAAAGACAUGAAUGACUGGCUGUAUGCCUUCAACCCACUCCUGGCUGGAACAAUAAGAUCGAAGUUGGCGAGAAGACGCUCGGACCUGUUAAAGAACUGAGACGCAUUCUUUCUGCGCACUAGAAGCCCAUAUUAUUCUGGCAAGCCUUUAAGUGUUCCAAGUGUUGACACUUGUUAACCUUUUGUGAUUGUUUUCCUGUACAUAGACCUGUGGCUUAAAUCUCCUUUCAAACCAACCUAGUGUAAACCCCUGAGGAGCUUUCCUAUUCCCACCAGACCAACUAACCCCUGCCCGACUCCCCCCCCCCCCCCCCACCCCACCAAAAAACUAAAAUAGCAUUUGAUUCUGUUUAAUUUCAUUCCCACAAAAAAUCUAUUCUUCGUCAGCCUAAAAUGUUGUACUAGUCGCAUGUUGUAGUGCAGUCUAGUUGUGUGUGCACGGUACUUAUAAGCAACUUUUUUCUCUCAGCUUUCUUCAUUUUCUGAGUGUCUGUAUAGAUUGUCACUUUUUCCGAGUCAUCCAUUAGUCGGGAACAUUAUUUUACCUGUUUGGUAUCUUUUUUGCUGUCCUCAGGGGAAGGUAUUUUGCUGAAAAAGCAAAUGUAAAUAUGACAAUGAAAUUAGAACAUGCAAAAAAAGAAUGAUUUGAGUGUGUGGAUUCCCAUUGCCAGGAUGUUGAAAUUAGACGGUAACAGCGCUGGCCACUGUGAACAUGUUUUCACCAAUAACAACACAAGUUUCAGUAUUGUCCUUUGGCUAGCUACUGCUCUCUCUCUAAAUUGGAAGCUUUCUUUGAUUAUAAAAUGGUGAAAUAUUGAGUAGGUGCCAUCAGGUCAACAUAUUAACCACUGAAGAUAUAAUGAUUGAGAAAUGCUGAGAAUUUUCUCGGCUAAGUACACACACUGAACAGUGGGAUCAUUUUGAGUUGAAAAGUUUAAAAUUUCACUAU